UGAACGAUCAACAAAAGAAUAUUUGAAGGAAAAAGUUAUCACGAGAUGAGAUUAUGUAAACGUCUUUUAUGCUGAACUCCGCGCUUAGAAAUAUAAAGGAAUUUGUAAUAUUUUUUUGAAGAUAAGAAAUACAACAUUACUUGUGAUUAUAGACGAUUAUAUUUGUAUUGCGCCGUAUGGAACCUCAACAUAAAAACAUUUUAGAAUUUGUAAGUACUGUUUCAGACAUAACAAGCGAAGAAAAUCACAAUGAAGUAAAAUGCGAAUCAUCGUUUAUAAAACAUCGAUCUGUGGAACAGGAUGAGUUAUUGGCAAAUGCAGUUAAAAAUUUCCCGUGUUUGUACGAUAAUAAACAUGUCGACUAUAAAAACAGUGAAGCAAGACAAAAUGCUUGGAAUUACGUCGCUGGAUUAAUAAACUUGCGAUGCGGAGAUGAUGCUUGCCGACUUUUCGAAACAUUGAAAAAGCGAUAUAGUAGAAAGAAAGUUAAUUUCAAAAAAGCACACCACCAAUCGUAUUCAGAAAAUGUUAUCAAGAAAACUCAAGAAGAUUUUUUAUCCUACAACUUCAUGCAUUGGUUGGAACCCUAUAUCAGAUUUCGUUCUAUUAAAGGAACGUUUUUACCUAACAAAGUUCUACAUGCUGACCAAAGUGAAGAAACUAGUGACUCUAACAAUGACGAAACUAAUUUAGCUUCAAGACAUACAUCUAGCAUUUCUUACAUUGGUAAACGACAGACCGAUUUGUUUAAAGGUUCAACCCCAACAAAAAUAGCGCGAAACAAUAAAACUCAGUUCAGUUCUCCGCUUCAGGCCUCAUCUUUUCCACUUGCCUAUUCCAAUACUGCGAGUAAUGACACUGGAGCUUGUUAUCAAGGAAAAGUGAUAAAUGACGAAGACGAUUUAUUUACGACCAUGUUGCUCACACAGUUACGCAAACUAAAUGACGAUCAAAAAUGCAUUGUCAAACACGAGAUUAACAAUAUUGUUUACAAAGCUAUGUUAAACAACAUCGAGCAUAAGAAAAACGAAAGUUAACUUUUGUCUACUGUUUAUGAAAAAAAUUGUAUUUAAACAUUUCUAUUAAGUAGGAUAGUAUCUUGUUGUUUCA